AUGACCCGCGACAUUCGGCAGCGGGCGCUGGAGAAGAUCGCGUCUCUCUCCGCGACCAGCUCCCAAACGUCCUUCGAUCGCUCUGAUCUCGACCGGUUGUGCAAGGCUACCCAGGCCGCUGGGAAGGGCGUCAACGGCUACUCGCCUAAGCAGCCGUCUUCGUCUCUUGGGAGAUGCCCCAUGACAAUACGCGAAUUUGAGGUUUUACUGUCGCUAUGCAAAGCCGCGCCCGCUAUCCAGACGAGCCAAAGCGCCCAGAAGCUCGCUCACCAGCUGAUUCCCUACAUCCUCGAGGCGCACAUCCAAGUGUUUGUCCCAUCACCCUUCUUCAGAAAGGUGGAGCCUUCGCCAACCGAGGCGUUGGCAUUCCACGUCACGGCCGCGCUGCUAUCCCUUGCCUCACAAUACGAUAAUUUGCACGAGGUCGUUUCGGACAACAUUUGGACCUUCAUCAAUGCUUGCAACCAUGCGGCAGACCAUACAGUUCCUCCUCAUGCGGACGACGAGGACCCGAACCUCGAAGACGCCAUCAGGACGGCCACCAUUGCUGUCUCCCUGCUCGGUUUCCUUGACGCGGCGUCAGCGCAGGCGGACUUCUGGAAGGCAGGAGGCCGGAUGGCUUUGCUACAACGCUUCAGGGAUAUCCUUUCGGAGCCGUUCUUGAUUGCGGUGGAGACGGCCUUCUCUACUAUCAGGAACUCACAAUCCUCGGACCGUCACGCACGAGAGUGGAAGAGAUAUCUGCGUCACUAUUCAGCUGCUGGACGACCGCUCGGAGCCAUUCUGCUGCAGAGAAGCUACAUGUGGCUUCUUGUUGCCGGCACGUCACUGUUGGUGACUGACGCUUCGCUUUUGCGCGGGACUCACAUCCUCGACUUGCUUAUGUCAGGGGAUGGGGCUUUCAGGCCAGGCUCCCCACGCAGCCCCGAUGCUGAUUAUCGGUCUCUCGACUUAUACACCACUAUGGCUGUUGACCAGAUGAACUACCUGGAGGCUGGCGAGGAUUACCUCAAACUCGGGUCUGCGUCGCAGCAGAGAUUGGCCUUUGCUGUCAAGUCGGCAGCUCUAAUAAGCUACCUCAACUGUUCGCUCAUGAAUGAGGAGGUGGCAGACAUCGACGUGCUCAUUACCUGGUUGGAGGAGACUCUUGCGGACCCCCUUCAGAUGGCAGACGAGAACCUGGCGGCAACAGUCCUGAGGUCGAUUGCGUUAGUUUGCAAGAUCUCUAGAGGAUACGCUGCAACUGCUAGUCGCCUUCUGCCUCGCUUCAUUGUACAAAGCGUACCGAACACUCGCACGGUUGCGGUUGCGUCCAAGAGUCUCGCGUAUGUGCUGCAGAUGCUUUCUCACGAUGCUGUGAUCACUACUCUUUAUACCCUUGGCAACGUCCUUAGCCCUGGCUCUGAUAGAUCCAUGACGAACGGAACUAACGGUGACCUUGGCGCGGACGGUGCCAAUGCUCUCUAUUCCAACCGCCAGUCUACUGGCAGCAGCAUCUCUUUAGCUAUCACGGGCGAGGAAGAAACGGCCAUGGUGUACGGCAAUGUUGUUCAGGCCAUCUGCGGUGUUGCGGCCGCUUGCAAUGACGAGAAAAUCACUGCCUUGGCGCAGUCCAUGUUGCUGCAAAAGAUCGACAAAGUCAACAGUAAUGUUGACGCUCAGAUCAUUAGCGGUGCUGCCGCACUUGCUUUAAAGGGCGGGCAGCUUGAGUUCCGGUCUCUUCUCAAGGUGUUUUCCAGAGUUUGCCAUCUUGGAGUUGUCGGCCACAAGGACUCGCUUUUGGUCGCUGUAAUGAAGGCACGAACACAUAUAUCGGCAAACCUCCGUCGCGGAUCGCCCCUUUAUGAGAUAUACUGGGAGCAUCUGCUUGAGAGCAUCAUCUCCAUGGGUGAUGUCCAUCAGUCAAACCACACCAAGGAAGCAGACGUCCAACUGGCUGCGAGUGAGAUCGCCGAGUUGCUGCAUCCCAUGGCUGUCUUCAUGUCGACCAACGACUUGGCAUUCAAUUCAGUGACUGAUGAUGAGUCGCACUCCAUGAUUAGAGACGCCUGGUUCAACAUUGUUGUUCAUGGUUUUGCCACACAGACUGACAUGGGCAAGAAAUACCUUGACGAGCUUCGGAUCAUGGCUGUGCACUCACCUCCUUUGGUCGCAGAACAGCGGGGUGAGCAGAUUGAGAGUGACAUCGAGCUGAACACCGUGCUGCGUCGAGGCAUGUCUUCCGAUCGAGAGUCGAUGCAGAAGAAGCAUCUCACCGAGUUGAUUCCCAACAAGGCCACAGAGAUCAAGGGGUUGAGCUACCGCAAGGUCAUCUUUUUGCAUGCUGCUUAUCUAGUCGAGAGCUUGCGCGCCGAUGCUGGUGAUUGCACCAAGGCGCUCUCCUACUUUUUGGAGCCCAGCAUGCGUAAAGGAGAAGUCAGCAGUAUUAUGGAGGGUAUUGCCGCCGCAGUGGUAAACAAGUAUUUGCGCAAGACCUUGGGCGGUACAGAUGCUACUUUUUCCGCACAGUACGCUGCGAGUCAGCUCGUCGCCAUCUUCUGCGGCUGUUGUCACCGAAUCGAGCGCGUCCAGCAAGCUGCCUUUACGUGUGCCGACCGUAUCAUUAGUCAGGUUCCCUCUGCUCUGUGCCACCGGUCCUCGCUCUUUGCUCUGUUAGAGCUCUUAUCUCUGAUGUGGUCGAGUUGCCUGGAAGCAGAGACUGAUCUCUAUGCACCUCGAUCAAAGUUCACUUCUGCGCUCGGAGAUGUUUCUGUCGAACUUUCUGACGACUACAACUUUCGUCGUCAUACCUUGGAGGUCCUCAACCGUAGGGCCAAGCAAUGGGUCUCCAGUGCGAUUAGUCUGGCGCCCUCGGACAUCAAGGGUCUUCUUCAGACGUACUUGUCCGAGUUUGACGACGAAGGAGCUUACGGACAUCUCUCCCUGGGCCGCUCUUUUGCCAUUGAGCUUGGCUCUCUCAUGUCCUCCACCGACCAGAGAUUACAGUCUCUAGACCAAGUCGGUGACUGCAGCAUCAACACCGGCUCUGACUUUAUUGCUCAAUACACGACUCGCCAAGAGUACCGAUACGGCGAGACCCUCCCCGAACGCGGCAACGAACUGGUGAACUUCAUGCAGCUGAACCGUAGAGCGUCGUUCGUUAAGUCGUCAACCUCGAUCGCUAGCGACAGCGCCAACGCGGCCACCGCUCUGGCACAUGUUGAGGCCCGCAUUAAAAGCAAGAAGAUGACAGCUCUCGCCGAGGUUCGCGAAAUCCUACGCCGAGCAGCAGCCCUGCUGUGUCGCAGCGACCGGGACGAGUCUGCCGUCGCACACUACCUAGUCUCCAUUCCAUUCGCCAUGUUUACGAAGCAGUCCAUCAAGCUGGGCGUCUCCUUGUGGCUGGGUGUGAUGAACGAGAACCCACGCCUUGAGCCGAGGCUUCUCACCGAAAUUGCUCAGCAGUGGGAAGUGUCCAUUCAGAAUGGCCUGGGGCUGUUCAGCAAUGCCAUGUCACACAACGAUCCCUUCUUUCUGAAGAUGGAGUUCGCACCGAGUGACCUCGAGGCUUUAGCCAAGCGCAAGCAGCAGGUGCACAACCUGCUGUCGCCACACACACGGUUGCUGCAGUUCUUUGCAAGUCACUUCAACGCCACUCGCUUGGGCAGUCCGGAUGUUCAGCGGAUCUUCCUGCGCAUGCUCGAUGUCACAUUGGACGCUGUGCGCUUAUCGACAUCGCACCCGAUGGCACGAGAACUGCGGUUUCAGAUCGUGUUGUUUGGGCUGAAGGUGCUGCAUGUGUGUACGACCAUUGGCGCCAUCGCGCAAUGGCGAUUCAAGGAGAAGAUUCUAUCGGCUGCGCUCAGCUGGUUCCGAUUCGCACCAAGAUGGUCCUUUGGUAGCAACAUCUUGCAGCUGAAGACGGAAAUCCGCCUGCUGAACGAUGUCGUGGCUGCACUGAAGAACGUUGCGUUCAUUGGGGCCAACGCUGCGGAUACGAUCAAAUCUUUACAGGCUAAGGAGCAGCUUCUUGUUCUCCUUUUAGAGAGCGAGCAGGCACGUCUAUCGGUAUGGGUCCACCCGCUCGGCGAGCAGUCCAAACCCCACGGACAGCCGAACAAGACUGCUAUCGAGGCCGCUCUUUCGCCUCUCAUCCGAGUCGCCUGGGCCGAAGACCCGUCGAUUGCCAUUGAGCUCGUCACAAGGUUCCCGUAUCCCCGAGUCCAACGUGAGGUGAGAUGGUUGUUGAUCAACUUCCCGCAAAAGGCCAUUUCUGAGCCGCAGGGUCUGCCCAUUCUCUUGGGUGGCUCUUUGCCCAAUGACGUCAGCUUCCAGCUGAAGUACCUGUUAUUCUGGUCGCCUGUGAACCCUAUUACGGCUGUCACGUACUUCCUGCCUGCCUACCGUAAUCACCCAUUCCUGAUGCAGUACGCGAUGAGAGCUCUGGAGAGCCACUCCAGCGAUGUGACUUUCUUCUACGUCCCGCAAAUCGUGCAGACGCUGCGGUAUGACGCACUGGGCUAUGUAGAGCGGUAUAUCCUAGAGACGGCUCAGUUCUCGCAGCUGUUCGCCCACCAAAUCAUUUGGAACAUGAAGGCCAAUGCCUACAAGGAUGAUGACGCAACCAUCCCUGAUGCCAUCAAACCCACACUGGACAAGGUCAUGGAGAAGAUGAUUGCAAGCUUUAGUGAGGUGGAUAGGACCUUCUACGAACGCGAAUUUGCCUUUUUUGACGAGGUCACGGAUAUCUCGGGUAAACUAAAGCCAUACGUCGGUCGUUCUAAGCCGGAGAAGGCUCAGAAGAUCGAGGAAGAACUCCGCAAGAUCAAGGUGGAGAUUGGUGUCUACCUGCCAAGUAACCCCGAUGGCGUCGUAAUCGGCAUCGACCGCAAGUCCGGCAAGCCUUUGCAAAGUCACGCUAAGGCGCCAUACAUGGCUACAUUCCGCAUCAAGAAGAACAAGGGCAGCCUCGAGGAUGUCAAUGAUAUGCUCGAGGAUGCGCACAAGAAGGAUUCGCCGCCCAUGCCAGAGAACACCAUUGAGGUGUGGCAGUCGGCCAUUUUCAAAGUAGGUGAUGAUUGCAGACAAGACGUGCUUGCCCUGCAGAUGAUUGCGGCAUUCCGCGGCAUCUUCCACAACGUCGGCCUGGACGUCUAUGUCAACCCGUACCGCGUCACGGCCACCGCCCCCGGGUGUGGUGUCAUUGACGUGCUGCCCAACUCGGUUUCGAGAGAUAUGUUAGGCCGUGAGGCCGUAAAUGGCCUCUACGACUAUUUCAUUUCCAAAUACGGCAACGAAGACUCGCUUCGCUUCCAGCAAGCACGCAGCAACUUCGUCAAGAGCAUGGCGGCCUACUCCAUCAUCUCGUUCCUACUACAAUUCAAGGACCGGCACAACGGCAACAUCAUGAUCGACGACGCGGGCCACAUUUUGCACAUUGAUUUCGGGUUCUGCUUUGACAUCGCCCCUGGCGGCAUCAAGUUCGAGCGCGCACCGUUCAAGCUGACGACGGAGAUGCUGGCGGUCAUGGGCGGCAACCCGCACCACCAGGCCUUCAAGUGGUUCGAGGAGCUCUGCGUCAAGGCAUUCCUCGCGUCGCGGCAGCACUGCGAGAAGCUUAGCCAGAUCGUACUCCUCAUGAUGGACUCAGGUCUGCCAUGCUUUAAGCCCGAGAGCGUGCAACACUUCAAGGAGCGCUUUGUGCUGGAGCGUAGCGAGCGCGAGGCAGCAGACUUUGUCAAGGACCUCAUCCGCAGGAGUGCCAACAGCUACUCGACCGGCGUGUACGAUCAGUUCCAGCUCCUGACCAACGGUAUUCCCUAUUGA